UCGACGCGACACAAGCCUUUAGUUUAUUAAUGCGACUUAGGACGUAGCCACGUAGCGGCGAUGUAAGCUGAAAAAAUCGCGUUUCCUAGUCAGUGUCCAUCGAUUUUGAGGAGUUUUGUUUUUGUGCGAGGAAUCAUGCGCGGUCUAGUCGUUAGUUUAUUGUCCGGUUUGUGCGUCGCUUUGUGAGGAUGAAGACGUGACAUGGCAGAUGCAAAGCCUUUGUAUUCGACAUGCGUGGCGGUACUGGGAUUCGUUUGCUUCGUCGUGGGUGCCACCGCAGUCGGGAUACCUAUGUGGGGCUACUUUGACACGCUGUACGAUGGUUCCGAUUCAGAGAAAGGCUACUUCGGGCCUUGGAAAACGUGCAAAUGGUUGCUGUAUAAUCGGGAGAAAUGCGGGUGGGACUCGACAAGGUUCAAACCGUCUAUUCUGGUGUACGUAGCUGGCGUGAUGGCGUCUAUGGGCGUCGCCAUCUUGGGAGUGUUUUGCAUACUCACCGUACUCCAGUUGGCCAUGAUCAGUUCCAAAGAAAAGGUGGUUAUGAAGUACAGCGCGGUUUUGAUUACGAAAGUCGUUCUGGCACUUUUGGCAGCGCUCUUGGCGGUUGCGACCGCCAUCGUUUUCGCCGUCCAAAUUGACGGCGGAAGCCGAAACAAUGGUUUUGAAGUGACGCGAGGGCCCGCCUUUUACAUCCAAGUUCUAGCAAUAAUUAUAGAUGCCACGUUGUUCGUUAUGGCGCUGUACGACAUGUUGUUUUCGAGACGAGAAGGCGGGGAUCCUACCAACGUUCCUGUACCUGUCGAACCAACCACUUACGGUAACCCUGGGUAUAGAGAUAGGGGAACUAAUGGAGUUGGUAUAUCAAUGACGGACGCGAGUGGGAAGCCAUACACGGGCGCUUCUAACGGAAGUAUGGCGUCUAUGAACACCACCUCCACCACCAUAGGCUCGACCAACGGUUCGACCGUAGGUUCGUCGUCUGUGGGCAUGAGCCGAUCGCCUCCCCUUCGAUCGAGCCUCAAGAAACCCAAGCCCAAGGACGGGUUGGGUAUACAGAAUCCGGGAUAUUCCGGAACUUCGCCCACCUUAUCCAGAAACGGCAGUACAAAAAAAGUUCGGAUCCAGACCCACAGUACUGAGGUCUAGACUCUAAGCGUUACAGGAUGCAUAUUAUAAGAUCUGUGAUAUAAGAAACAUUCUAAAAUAUUCUAACAUUCCGGGUUUUAAAACAAGAAAAUCUAUUCGCACCACGUAAUACGUUGGUUCCGCACUUCUUUUUAUAAUAAUACGACACGGAUGUUACGUUUUUAUGUAUUUUAUAUUUAGUGAGUUUGGGAAUUAAAUUCUCUAUUUUUAAA